UUAUUUCCAAUUCUUGAAUAAUUACCUCAGUAUUCUUUGUAUAUUGACGUAUUUGCUUGCAAAUGUUGGAAUAGCUUUUAGUCCUGUCAUUUUCUAUUUUUCAGUGCAGGUAGCAAGAGGAAAUUCUAUCAAUUCUAUGAAAGACGACAAUUAGACAUUUUUGGAUGCUUCACUGCUUUCCUUCCAAGCAGUUUUGUUGAACGAUUCUUUUAGGCUGUUGAUGCUGGAAAGAUCCAAAAAGACUUCUGCAGUGGUCCUCCAGGAUUGAUGCUGAAAAAGAGGAAGGAAAAAUAAAACAAAUCAAAGUUUCUGUGGAGGAAAUGGCCGUCGCACACAAAACAGAGGCAACCAAGUGCCUCCUAAAAGAAAAUGUUGAUCCGGAAAUCAAAAUGGAGGCGCAAUGUUCCUCGGGCCUUCAAUCCGGAGAAGGAAAGAAAAGAGAAGAUUUCCCAGAAACUGGGAAGAUUAAGCAGGAGUUUAUCCAUCACGUGAAACAAGAGCCAGAAGAAGGGCCCUCUGGAAAUUGGGACGCCCAGCUGCAAGAGUUUCUGAAGACGCUGCAGUCUCCCGAUUAUGGCAGAGAAAGCCCUUCACUGGCCUGGAAUGACCCUAAAUCCACUCAGGUGCUCUCUCAAAGGAUGAGGGAUGCCAGCAACUGUCCCAGAGGCGUUUGGGUGGCUCCGGCCCAGCCGCACCUGGCUGUUGAAGCCCAGCGGGAGUAUGAGAGUUCUCAGGAAGCCGCAUCCGGCGGGAAGGGGCAGAAGGGGGCGGUGAGUGGGCCCGGGGCCAAGCUGGAGAAACACCGCCAGCAGUUCCGGGAGCUGUGUUACCAAGAGGCCGAAGGGCCUCGCAAACUCUGCAGGCACCUCCAGGAACUUUGCCACGAGUGGCUGAAGCCAGAGAAACACACCAAGGACCAGAUCCUGGAUUUGGUGACGUUGGAGCAGUUCUUGGCCAUCCUGCCUUCGGAUAUGCAGAGCUGGCUGAGAGAAAACAUGCCGAGGACCUGCACUCAGGCCGUGUCCCUGGCAGAGGAGUUCAUCGUGAGGCAGCAGGUCAAAGGCUGGAGCAAGCAGAUGAUGGGGAUGAUGGAGGGGGAAUCUGAAAAGCCCCCCAAAGGAAACCAAGCUCUGUCGGAAAUGGUGAAGGCACAGCUUUUUAGAGAAGCCAAGCAGGAAGCUGGAGAGAAUGCAGGCUCAGUGGACGACGGCUGGCCUGAGCCACAGAGGACAUCGCUGAGAAUGGCUAGAGAGAAUUACUUCCUCGCUCCAGGUACACCUGAUGGGAAUCAACCCGGAGCAGAGCAGCAGGAGGGAAACAAAAGCAAGGCAGUGACCGACGAGCUGGGCCCCCCACAAGGGUUUUUGCAAGCUGCUCCCGAAUCCCCUUCCCUCAACACCACGGGGAAGUGCGACGCAGAGGGCCUCAGCCAAAGCUCCCCGCUCGACGCGGGCGAGAAUCCUGACCCGGAGGAGAAGCGUUACAAGUGCUGGCAUUGCAGCCAGGCUUUUGGCAGCAGCUUGGAUCUCUUGGCCCACGAGAGGACCCACGUGGACGAGAAGCUCUACAUCUGUUCCCACUGCGGAGAGAAGAUGAGAAUCCGCGCCGGGCAGGUCUCCCACAUCUGCUCCCACUGCGGCAAAAAUUUCGGCUGGAUUCCCAAAGAGAAGCUCAGCGCCGACCGAGAGAGAUGCUUCAUGUGUUCGGAGUGCGGGAAGUGCUACACUCGGAGGACGGACUGCCUAAAGCACCAGAAAACCCACGCCGGAGAGAAACUCUUCCUUUGCACGGUCUGCGGGGAAAAGUUUGCAUCGUACACCUCCCUCAAAAUGCACCAGGUGGCCCAUCGAGGGCAAGACACUUUCCAGUGUUUCCACUGUGGGAAAGCUUUCAUGUCCAGAUCACACAUGUUGCUGCACGAACUGAUGCACAAGAACAGCUGCUCGUACUGCGGGAAAAGCUUCACCCGAAAAUCAGAACUGUGUGAGCAUGAGAAAACUCACACCGCCACAGAGAGUCCAGAUCUUUUGGGCCUGCUACCAACUGAAGAGCCUUCCCAGGGAAGCCAAUGCCUACCACUAGGUUCAUGGGGAUGGCAGCUGUCCAAGGAGAUGAAGCUGGACAUUGACGAAGAAAUGAAUUCAUUCGCCAACAAUCAGAGACAGAUGAACCAAGACAACCAUCUUCGUCAGAGCAUUUCUGAGGCACCAGAAAAUGAGACACUAAAAAGAGACAGCAUACCCUUCCAGUGUUUCAAGGAGGAAGUGAGACCUAACAACCAGGAGGCUCCAGAAACAGAAUGGAAUUCCCCCAAAAGAAACGUGGACAAAGUUGUUUCGGUCGGUAAAAGCGAUUCCGAUCCAGAAGAAGCCAAGACCUGCCAUAAAAUCCACCAGUGCCACUGUGGCAAACGUUUCCGGUGGAGCUCCAAUUUUCGGGUACAUGAAAGAAUUCACACCGGAGAGAAGCCAUAUACGUGUACGGAAUGCGGCCUCCCUUUUCGCAAAUCUGCCCAACUAAAGGCUCACACAGGAAUUCAUACCGGCGAGGUUCCCUUUCGGUGUCCCACGUGCCAGAAAACCUUUACCAGCAGCUCCAACCUCAUCACCCACAAGAGGAUCCAUACCGGAGAGAAGCCAUACCAAUGCCCGUACUGUGAGAAGAGCUUCCGGCAAAAGGGGACUCUCACCAUCCAUGAAAAAAUCCACAUGGACGAGAAGCCUUUCAAAUGCUUGACGUGCGGGAAGACUUUCCGUCAGAAGGGAACCCUGAGUGUCCAUGAAAAAAUCCACUUGGGGGAGAAGCCCUACAAAUGUUCCAGCUGUGGGAAGGAUUUCCGCACCGCGGCCGUCCUGAGGGUUCACGAAAGGAUCCACACCGGGGUGAAACCGUAUCAGUGCUCAGUGUGUCUGAAGAGCUUCACCGACGGGUCAAACCUCAUCACCCACGAGCGAAUUCACACGGGAGUGAAACCAUACCAAUGCUCACGGUGUGGGAAGACCUUUUGUCAGAAGUCUGGCCUGGUGACACACGAACGCAUUCAUACAGGAGGGAAUCCAUACCGGCGGUCAGCCGACCAGAAUCAUUUAGAGGAAAGAUCAGAUCUCGACGCCCAUCAGGGAGCAAAGCUGGGAAAGAGAUCAUAAGACAGAUGUCAACUCAUAAAAUAUUUCUAUGGUCUGUUUAGAGUUGCCAACAGAA